CCAUUCCUAUCCAAUCAUAAUCCACCACCUUCAGCUUUUCCCUAUUCUCUCUCUGUUUCUUCUCUCCUCCAAACUCCAAUAAUUUUUUUUUGGGAAAGCAAAUUUAAAUUAAUUCUUCUAUAGCUUUUCUUGUUUAUACUUUACUAUUUCUUGUUCGUCCUGUUCUUACCAUCUCUCUCUCUCUCUCUCCUUUUCUCUUUGUUGUUCAGUCAUAAAGGGAAAAAGAAGAAAGCAGACACAAAUUUUUUGCUUUUCUUUCUUCCCCUUACAUAGCCCCAAGAAUUCUCAAAUUCAGAGUCUUUGUACUUACUAUUUACUCACUUGGGUUUCACAAAAUAUCCAGCUUUUCAGUGUCACCUUGUUUCUCUCUAGCUAGUGAGCUUUAAUUCUGGAAAGUUCUCAUUUUUCUUCUUAUUUCAUGGUUAAUAAGCCUAGUACUUUCUUGCUUUCACUGUUUAUGUAGAGUUUCAGUGGGUUCAGAUCUUAAUGAGAAUAUUUUCUUGGAUUUAACUUGGCGUAAGAUAAUCUUUGUCUGUUUUAGUUAACCCCUUUUUAUUUUAAGAUUAUCACAACAUCUAGGAUUUUUCUUUUGACAAUUAUAAAAGGUUGAGUCUUUUCAAGAUUCCUCAGGUUGGGGAGGUGGCUAUGGUUAAAAGAGUAUUCUGAUUCCUUUUAUAGAUGCUGACUUGUUGAUUUAACAUUGAUAUUUUUCCAUUGUAAAAUACCCAUCGCUCUGCAUUUCCCACUUGGGUUUUCCCCCAUACUUCCUCUUGUUCCUCUCCAACUUCAUCAAGUUCAAAUCUUUCACAUAAAAAUGCUGUCUUGAAUUAUCUUUCUUGUAGCUUUUUGCUAGUAAACUUUUUUCCCUCUGUUAAAAAUUUGAUAUUUUUGAGUUUGAGGGUGAUGGAGAUACUAUCACCAGCUCCUUAUCUUUCAAAUCCAAGCUGGUUUCUUGAUGAGGGAAAGAACACAGAGUGGACCCCAGCUGAAAACAAGGCAUUUGAGAACGCUUUAGCUUUGUUUGAUAAAGAUACACCAGAUAGAUGGCAAAGAGUUGCAGCAAUGGUACCAGGGAAGACAGUUGUUGAUGUGAUUAGGCAAUAUAAAGAAUUAGAAGAUGAUGUGAGCAGAAUAGAAGCUGGACUAAUUACUAUUCCUGGUUAUAGUACUUCACCUUUUACAUUAGAAUGGGGUAAUAGCCAUAGUUUUGAUGGAUACAAACAGUCUUAUGUUGUUGGUGGCAAAAGGCCUUUGUCUAAUAGGCCUCCAGAACAAGAAAGGAAGAAGGGUAUUCCAUGGACAGAGGAAGAACACAAGUUGUUUCUAAUGGGGCUUAAAAAGUAUGGAAAGGGCGAUUGGAGGAACAUCUCGCGCAACUUUGUUGUUACUAGAACUCCAACUCAAGUGGCUAGCCAUGCUCAGAAGUAUUUUAUCAGACAACUUUCUGGUGGCAAGGAUAAAAGACGGGCGAGUAUUCAUGACAUUACAACUAUAAAUCUCAACGAUAAUCAAACGCCUUCACCAGAUUACCAAAAACCAACUUCACCAGAUCAAUCCACUGUGAUUUCCCAGCAGCCAAAAUCGGCUGUCAAUGCCAUGCACAAAAUGCCAUUUCAGUGGAGUCAGGCCAAUAUGGGCUUCAAUUCAGCACAAGGAAGUUUGUUCAUGUCUCCUCUUUAUGGAGGAAACUCAUAUGGGAACCCUAAAAUGCAAAGCCAAAUUAUGCAUGAACCUUACUUUGGAUCUGAAAGUAUGAAUUUUCAGCUUCAAUCGGCACAUCAGUAUCACCAUGCAUGACAUAGGCAUAUUCGAAAUAUCAGAACUUUGAUCAGUGCCUGAAGAAAAAGCUUAUUUUAAAUUCGGCAUGUUAGCUUUUGUUUCUGCUUUUAUCCGUCUCUCUUGUAUUGUGAAUAUGUUGAUUGGCACUUCAAGUCAGCCAUGAGUUAGUGUGUCCUUUUAGGAAGUCUAAAAAAUCCUUACUCUCUGUAGUCUGUACUUAAAAACCAUAGUACAAGUGGAGUUCAUAUAACAUGAGCAUAGAGGAACGAACGGAAACCUGUAAAAUCCUUUUGAGGGAAUAAUAGAAUUACAAGAGAUGCAAGGAAAA